AUGGACAACACGUCCAUUAUAACACAGGUCGCAAAUCCAAAAGAGGAGGAGAGCAAUUCUUCAAGUCCAGAUAAAGUGUCCCAGUCCAACAGCAGCCUCAAGAAGCAUCGCAGCCGGAGCAUCUUCAGCCCUUUCUUCUGCUGCUUCCGGAACUACAAUGACUACCACGCCGAUCCGCCCUCCGCCAACAACAAGAGCUUAUCCCUGCCUCCGACCCCCGAGGAGAAUGGCAGCCCGCCCAAGCCUCCAGCCAAGUUCCUGCUCCCAGAGGUUAGCAUCGCAGACUACGGCAAGAGCUGUGUGGUGAUCGACCUGGACGAGACGCUGGUGCACUCCUCCUUUAAGCCCAUCAGCAACGCCGACUUCAUUGUUCCGGUGGAGAUUGAUGGCACUGUUCAUCAGGUGUACGUUCUGAAGAGACCCCACGUGGACGAGUUUCUGCAGAAGAUGGGAGAGCUGUUUGAAUGUGUGCUCUUCACCGCGAGUUUAGCCAAGUACGCUGACCCUGUGGCCGACCUGCUGGACCAGUGGGGGGUGUUCAGGGCGCGACUCUUCAGGGAAUCCUGUGUGUUCCAUCGGGGAAAUUACGUCAAAGACCUCAGCCGCCUUGGCCGCGAGCUCAGCAAAGUCAUCAUCAUAGACAACUCGCCGGCCUCCUACAUAUUCCACCCAGAGAACGCUGUGGCCGUGCAGUCCUGGUUUGACGACAUGACGGACACAGAGCUGCUGGACCUUAUUCCACUGUUCGAGGCUUUAAGCAAAGAUGAGGACAUUUAUAAUUCCUUACAGACUUUGAGGAAUAGGUAG